AUGGCGAGCAAGAGGGAUAUGCGCCGGCCGGACCUGAUCGUCCCCUAUCAGGAGCCCCGAGCCAAGGGCGAGAACGCCGAGUUCUCCUCGACGCUGUCGUCCACGCUGCCCAUGGCCGCGAUGCUCACGCGGAACAAGUUCAUCGGAUGGUACGCAGACGCCUUUGAUUCCCUCGCCGGCCCCUAUUCGAUUCCCGCGGACGAUACGGCCUCCGUCGUCUUUUCCGUGCAGACCUGGCUCGGUGAGAGCGAAGAGACUAAGAAGAGCUCCGCGACGCCGGGGUACUUCUCCGUCGGCAUGUCAGUCAUGGCCCUGGCCGUUACUUACCUCCCCAUGUUCCUCCCCCCGCCCGUCCAGCGCGGCGCCGCCACCGGCACUGGGCCCGCUGCCCCCGUUCCCCCGGCGUAG